AUGAAUAAUUUUUAUAUUCAAAUUUUUUUUUUUCUUUUAAGCAUCUCCCUAUGUGUGAAUAAUAAAACCCUUGCAACGGAGCUUGCUCCCAAAACAUAUACAAAACACAAAUCAAAAAAAUAUACACCAUUCAAUUCAAAAAAAUAUUAUCCUGUCAAUGAUAAUACAGAAGAAAUAUAUGAAAAAAACAAACACCUGUUAUAUACCGAUACCAAAGAAACUAUAAAUGCAGAAAAUUUUAUGAAAGAAGCUGUAACACAUUUAGAAUAUCAUGCUGCAAGUAAAGAUGGUUAUAAAUUAGAUGAUGAAUAUGGAUCUUACCGUGUCUUUUUUUAUAAAAAAAAAUAUCGAGGUCAUACGGAUAUUGAAAAAACUGAAUAUAUAUUUGAUAAUCCAAAUAAGUAUAAUAAAAUAAUAAACAAGUUAUGGAAUCCAGAUAGUAACAAUUUUUUAAAUACUGGCUCUUUUAAAAGAAAAAUUGUUCGUGUAUACGGUCCAAAUUUAGUAAUGAUACAACAACGUUGCAAAAAAUGGCCGUGGUCUCAUUAUAAAUAUUUUUAUGCUAUAGCUGCAAAAUUUAAAAUAUCAGAAAACAAAACUAUAUUUGUCAUGGCUUCAGCAAAUAUAAUUGAUCACAACCGUAAAAAUAAAAAAUAUUUUGAAAAUAAAAUAGUAGAAAAUGCAAAUUUAUUCCAGGCUGAAAUUGAUUCUGAAAAUGAUAUUAGAAAUGGAAAAUUAGAAAAAAUGUUUGUUAACUUAAAUGGAUACAUUGUUGAAAAAAGAAAUAAACAUAUUUAUAUCACCUAUAUCAACUCUGUAAACGGUAUAAAGAUUUUAAUAAAUAAUAAUUUAUUUCAACCAUUCUUUUUAAUAAAUGAAGAUAUUUAUAAUUUGAAACAAAUCUUAACAUUUUGUAUAAUCAUCCAUUUGUGUUUUUUUCUUAGAAUGAUGAACAUGGUUCCAUUUAACAAAAAUGUAUUAUUGGAAAAGCUUUAUAUUACUUUUUCCCUCAUGAAUAACCAUAUAUUUUUCACCACCGUGAUAUUAGAAGAUUUAUGUUAA